UUACCCGUCGCCCUUAAAUACUCCACCGCGAGGGAGGCCCGGCAACUGCUAACCCCGUCUGUCUCUCUCCCGGUCUCCCCCCGGCCGCACACAGGCGGCGCGCCGAUCGAUCACGUCGCCGGCCGCCGCCAGCCGCAAGGGGAGAGGUCUCAGUUAGUUUGGAUCGGUUCAUGGGGAGGGCACCUUGUUGCGAGAAGGAGGGGCUGAGGAGGGGCACGUGGAGCCCCGAGGAGGACCAGGUGCUCGCCGACUACAUCGCCGUGCACGGCCACCCCAACUGGCGCGCCCUUCCCAGGCACGCCGGGCUGCUGCGGUGCGGGAAGAGCUGCCGGCUGCGGUGGAUCAACUACCUCCGGCCGGACAUCAAGCGGGGCAACUUCACCGCCGACGAGGAGGACCGCAUCAUCCGCCUCCAUCAGUCCCUCGGCAACAGGUGGUCCGCGAUUGCCGCGCAGCUGCCGGGACGCACUGACAACGAGAUCAAGAACGUCUGGCACACAAACCUCAAGAAGAGGGUGGAGGACGACCAGAAGGGCACCGCAGCCAAAGGUGGCGAGGGCCGGCAGAAGUCACGCAAGCAGGCCAAGGCUAACAGCGCUACUGCCGAUGGCGAGGUCAAGCAUGAGCAGCUCACGGCGUCGCCGGAGCGGUCGAGCAGCAGCAUGACCUGCUCCACGGUGACCGUGACUGAUUCAGCGGCGGCAUCAUCCUUGCCGGCCGACAACGCGGCCAACACAUGCGCAAGCAACGGUCACGAGCUUGUCAAGGAGGUCAGCUCGGCGGUGGUCAUCGACGACAGCUUCUGGUCGUCGACAGACCUGGCAGAGGUGAUGGACCUCGGCGCCUUGGACACGGAUCUGAGCCUGAAGAUGAGCUCGAGAAACGAGGACAUGGAGUUCUGGCUCAAUAUACUGCACGAGGCCGGAGAGAUGAGGGACUUGGCCAUCUUGUAACAAUGGGAAAGCAAGCUUAGUUAUCUACCUGGGAGAUUAGACUGUUCUCUGUUUUGUUCUCCCUUUUUUUACUCCCCAUCUUCCUGGAGAAAAUGCUGGGAAAUUGAGGUGACUUCACCUUCUUUAGAAGAUAAAAAAUGAAUAUCAGUAGCAACAUUCCUUUUGUUCUUCAUAAAACUUCAGAAUUAAUCAGAUGCAGCAUAUUAGCAAUAUCUAUUUGCCCAUU